AUGUCCUGGAGUCCACAGCCUGAGCCUCUGGGCCAGCUGGCGCAGUUCCUCAAGGAGUCGUUGAACCCUCGCGACAAGACUGCGCAAAGAACGCAGAGCUGUCCCGAGAGCCCUGCCGCUUUGUCCAACGAUGACUACUUUGUGGCCAGAAGCGCCGCUGCAGUCAUGCUCAAAAACAACGUCAAGGCUUCCUACAAAACCAUGGCCGAAUCGAACAAGGACUAUCUUCGCUCAACCAUCCUCCAAGGCCUUCAAGACCAGGACAAGCGCAUCAGAAGUUACGCCGGUAACGUCGUCACCGAGAUCGUGCGCCAAGGCGGCAUCCUGGGCUGGCCUCAAGUUCUUNCUGAAUUGAUCUCCUUGAUCGAGAACCGCAAUGGCAAUAUCGCAUCGCACAUCCAAGACGGAGCCAUGAGUGCCUUGCUCAAGAUUUGCGAAGACCACAAGAAGGCCCUCAACCGAGUCUACGACGGACAACGCCCUCUGGAUUUCCUGAUACCCAAGCUUAUCGAAUUCACCGCAAGCCCUACGCCACAAGUUCGUUCANAAGCGCUAGGCACGCUGAACUUCUUCAUCGACGAUCCCAUGCCACAGGCCAUGCAAGACCAUGUCGAGAAGUUCCUUGUCCAGCUCUUUACAUUGGCUCAGAACGAUCAAGAUGAGGNNGAAGUCCGAAGAUUCAUCUGCCGUUCCUUCACAAAAUUGGCCAGCAACACUCCUGCGCUGGUAUUGCCGCAUCUCAGCGGUAUCAUCGACUACGUCCUGGUCCAGCAGAAGAGCGACCCUGAGUCCGAUUUGGCCCUGGACGCCGCCGAAUUCUUCUUCGAAAACUGUGAGAUCGAGGAACUACAAGACGGAUUCAACCAACACCUUGAGAAGAUCGUACCGGUACUUUUGGAAAGCAUGAUCUACAGCCAGGACGAUCAAGCUAAACUGGAAGCUGAAGCAGAGGAAGAUGCCGAGAAGGAGGACAGAGAAGAAGAUAUCAAACCUCAAUUCGCAAGUGCAAAGGNNGAGAAGGGAAUUGCUGUGAACCCCGAAGACUUCGCGAACGGCAACGGCUACGCAUAUGACGACGAAGAGCUAAGCGACGGAGAGCUUGAGGAUGAAGACUACGGCGAGGAUCCCGAAGAGAUGUGGAACCUCAGAAAAUGCUCUGCAGCUGCUCUGGACACGUUCGCAACGCGCUUCCAUGAGCGUGUCUUCGAGUUCACCUUGCCAUACCUGAAGGACAACCUCAACCAUGCAGAAUGGCCAAACAGAGAAGCCGCUGUGCUCGCUCUGGGCGCUAUCUCCGUCGGUUGUAUGGAAACUGUGCAGCCAAGUCUCCCGGAUCUGGUUCCCUUCUUGAUUUCGCUGCUCACAGAUUCGCAACCUGUCGUAAGACAGAUUACCUGCUGGGCGCUCGGACGCUAUUCUUCCUGGGCUUCUCAUCUGGACGAGGCUGGCAAGCGCCAAUUCUUCGAGCCUAUGAUGGAGGGCAUCUUGUUCCGCAUGUUGGACAACAACAAGCGUGUCCAGGAGGCUGCGGCUUCCGCCUUCGCCAACCUUGAAGACCAAGCGACUCGUGAGAUCACACCCUACUGUGUUAUUAUCGCGCAGCAGUUCGUCAAAUGCUUUGGCAAGUACAAGGACAAGAACAUGUACAUUCUCUACGAUUGUGUCCAGACUUUGGCAGAGCAUGUGGGUCCUGACAUGGCACAGCCAGCUAUUGUUGAUCUGCUUAUGCCUGCGCUCAUUCAACGUUGGACCGCAGUUUCUGACAAAUCGCGGGAGAUGUUCCCUCUUUUGGAGUGUCUAGCAUAUAUCGCUACUGCACUUGGCGAGGCCUUUGCACCUUACGCCAAACCAUUUUUCUCGCGUUGCAUCAAGAUCAUUCAGGAUAACCUUGAAGAGAGCAACCUUGCAGCUUCAGAAUCAUUCAUGGACGUACCCGACAAGGACUUCCUUGUUACCAGCUUGGAUCUGCUCAGUGCCAUCAUCCAGGCACUCGAUGAGGCUAGAGCCAGCGAGCUCAUCGCAACCGCCAACCCUAACUUCUUCGAGCUACUCGCGUACUGCAUGAGAGACAGCAAUAACGACGUCAAGCAGUCCGCAUAUGCUUUGCUCGGUGACUGCGCCAUCUACGUCUUUGCUCAAAUGCAGCCAUACCUAGACUCCAUCAUGCGUAUCCUUAGCAUGCAGCUCGACUUGGCCGAGGCGCUUCGUGACACUGAUCCCAUGCUCAAGGAGACUGCAUUCAGAGUGAUUAACAAUGCCUGCUGGUCUGUGGGAGAAAUUGCAAUGCGUCACCAAGCUGGCAUGGACCCGUAUGUUGAAGAUUUGUUGCAGAAACUCGGCAUGAUCCUCUUCAGUCAACAGGUCCCUGAAUCUCUGAACCAGAACGCAGCAAUCGCACUGGGCCGCCUUGGUCUGGGUAACGACCAGAAACUUGCACCCCAUCUUGCCCAGUUCGCCCCAGCUUUCUUGACCGUCAUGCAGACUGUUGAGUGGACAGACGAGAAACUGGACGCUUUCAGAGGUUUCGUCCAGAUCGUGUUGGACAAUCCGCAGGCACUUGAGCAAUGUUUGCUCGCCUUCUUCUCAGCAAUUGCAAGUGUACCGGCCGACUCGCGUAAGGUCCCAGUGUCUCAGAAUGAGAGACCAUUUGAAGGAUUCCACAAGGUACGUGGUGUAUUGGCAGGAGUAGCGAAACUUGUGACUAACAACUUCUUAGNNGCUCUCCAGGCAUACAAGAACAUGAUUCCGGACUUUGAUGGAUUCAUCAGCCAUCUGCCCCAGGAUCAGCAGUACGAGCUCAGACAAAACUACAGCCUGUAA